AUGGCACCAGGAGCGAUCUCACAACAAGAUGUUGACCAUCUGCCAAUUAAGCUCAAUGGCAAGGCCAAUGGGCACAGCGAUACUGCACCAGUAGAAGAUAUCAAGAUGGAAGACAAUGAGUUGACAAAGAAAGUCCUUGGCACAUUUCGAGCUUUAAUCGCAGAUCUGUGCCAUCAAUUCAAAUGCGGUCAUCCUGGAGGUGCCAUGGGAAUGGCAGCGAUCGGUGUUGCACUCUGGAAAUAUGUCAUGAAGAUUUCACCACACAACCCAAACUACUUCAACCGCGAUCGAUUUGUUCUCAGUAACGGCCACACAUGCCUAUGGCAAUAUACGUUCCUGCAUCUCGUGGGCUUCAAGCAGAUGACAUGGGAACAACUGCUCACAUAUCACUCUGUUCGAUUUGACUCGAUCACACCUGGACACCCUGAGAUCGAAAUCGACGGUGUCGAAGUCACAACUGGCCCAUUGGGUCAGGGUAUUGCCAAUGCAGUUGGUCUUGCUAUGGCCACAAAACACCUUGGCGCCCAAUACAACAGGCCCGGAUACGAGCUUGUCAACAACAUGACCUGGUGCACAAUCGGAGAUGCAUGCUUGCAAGAAGGUGUCGGUAUGGAGGCCAUCCAGCUUGCUGGACACUGGAGAUUGAACAACCUUUGUGUCAUCUUCGAUAGGAAUGAGGUGACAUGUGAUGGAACUGUCGAUAUCGCGCAGUCUGAUGAUAUCAACUUGAAGAUGAAGGCUUGCGGCUGGAAUGUCCUCGAGGUCGAGGACGGCAACCACGACGUGGAGGGCAUCGUCAAGGCGCUUUUGCAAGCACGAGCAGCAAAGGACAAGCCAACGUUCAUCAACGUCCGCACCACUAUUGGUGUUGGCAGCAAGGCUCAAGGACAGGCAUCCACCCAUGGUGCUGAUUUGGGCGAGGAGGAUAUUGCACAUGUCAAGAAGACUUUCGGCUUGGACCCAGAGAAGACCUUCCAGAUCUCAGAUGAGGUCUACAACUACUUCCGCGAGGUCGUGCCACGAGGCCAGGAUCUCGAGAAGAAGUGGGCUGAGCUCCGAGAAGGAUACGCGAAGGAGUACCCAGAACUCGCUGCUGAGUUUGACAAGCGCGUCAAGGGUGAGAUGAUCGAUGAUUGGGAGAAGCUCGUGCCAAAGCUCGAAGACUUCCCAACGGAGGAAACUCCUUCGCGAAAGUCUGCUGGUGCAUGCCUCCAGCCCAUUGCCUCAAAGAUCAACAACCUCAUGAUUGGCACGGCAGAUCUUACACCAUCAGUCAACAUGGCCUGGAAGGGCAAGGUUGACUUCCAGCACCCAGACCUCCGCACAGUCAGUGGCCCGAACGGCGACUACUCAGGUCGCUACAUCCACUGGGGUAUCCGCGAGCACGCCAUGGCCUCCGCAUCGAACGGUAUGGCAGCCUUCAACAAGGGCACUAUCCUCCCAAUCACUUCCAGCUUCUUCAUGUUCUACAUUUACGCCGCCCCAGGUCUUCGCAUGGCCGCUCUCCAAGGCCUCCAAACAAUCCACAUCGCUACACACGACUCCAUCGGAACUGGUGAGGAUGGUCCAACACAUCAACCUAUCGAGCUCGCCGCUCUCUACCGUGCCAUGCCAAACUUCUACUACAUCCGUCCGGCCGAUGCCGAAGAGGUCGCAGGCGCUACUCUCGUCGCCAUCAAGGCGAAGAACACCCCAUCAAUCAUCUCCGUCUCUCGACAAAAGAUCCCACAAUACCCAAAGCACUCUUCCCGCGACGGUGUGGCAAAGGGUGCAUACGUCUUCAUCGAAGAAGAGAACGCAGACGUCACUCUCAUCGGUGUCGGAGCCGAAAUGCGCUUCGCAGUCGAAGCUCGUGAAGAACUCUCCAAAUCUGGGAUCAAAGCCCGCGUGGUCUCCUUCCCUUGCCAACGCAUCUUCGAGGCGCAAUCAAAAGAGUACAAGAAAUCUGUGCUCGGCUCUGCUCUUCGAGUUGUUGUUGAGGCUUACUCUCCUAAUGGCUGGGAGAGGUACGCGGAUGCUGGAUACUCGAUGCACUCGUUCGGUCAGUCGUUGACUGGCAAUGUGGUAUAUCAGAGAUUCAACUACGAGGGACCUAAGAUCGCGGAUAAGGUCAAGGGACUUUUGGAGGAGGUGAAGAAGGAUGGUGUUGAGAGUUUGAGAGGCGAUUUCAGAGAUCUGAAUGAUUAUGAGCAUGAUAUUCAGUUUAAGGCUUACAAGAAGCAUUAGAGGGAGGCCGAACAGUUGGCUUUCGUGUUGUACAUUUUAGCGGAGUUAGCGUAGAUUCAACUUUGUUGUUCUCAUGCAAUGACAUUUUUGCCUGUCUUCCUGUUUCACAAGCGUAUUCCAUUUUUCCU